AUGGGCCAAGUCAUUGAGUACAUCCCAGACCGGCUGUACCUGGCUGCGUACAUCCAUCCUCCCACGGCCGAGACCAUCUUCCCCUACGGCGAGACCGUCCAGUCUUCCCCCAGAAAGCGAUCGCAGAGGGCCGCCGACGGCCCCACGCCCGUCCAGACCGCCGCCCGUCAAACGCCCUACUACUUCACCGUCGACGACACUCUCCUGUACAACGCCUUCCACCAUGACUUUGGCCCGCUGCACAUCGGUCACCUGUACCGCUUCGCCCUGCAGUUCCACGACGUCCUCGGAGCCAAGGAGAACAAGGACCGCCCCAUUGUCUUCUGGAGCAGAGCCGACCCCAGAAGUCGCGCCAACGCUGCCUGCAUGCUCGCCUGCUACAUGGUCCUGAUCCAGAACUGGCCCCCGCACCUGGCCCUGGCCCCCAUCGCUCAGGUCGACCCGCCUCUGAUGCCCUUCCGUGACGCUGGAUACAGUCAGGCCGACUACGGCAUCACCGUUCAGGAUGUCGUCUACGGUGUCUGGAAGGCCAAGGAGGAGGGCUGCUGCGCCCUGGACAACUUCGACCUCGACGAGUAUGAAAAGUUCGAGAGAGUGGAGCACGGAGACUUCAACUGGAUCACACCGCACUUCCUGGCCUUCGCCUCGCCUCAACACACACCGGUCGCCAAGGUCCUGGAGGGCACCGAGGAGUUCGAUGCGCUCCCCAAGUCGCUCGGCCAGCUAGACGCGAACAAGACGCUGCCCCAGCCCUUCAAGAACGUCUUGAAGCACUUCACCGAGAGGAACAUUGGCCUUGUUGUCCGUCUCAACUCGCCGCUCUACUCGCCGUCCUUCUUCGAGUCCAUGGGCAUCUCCCACCUCGACAUGAUCUUCGACGACGGUACCUGCCCGCCCCUCACCACGGUUCGCAAGUUCAUCAGACUGGCGCACGAGACCAUCACGGUCAAGAAGAAGGGAAUUGCUGUCCACUGCAAGGCCGGCCUUGGAAGAACUGGGUGCCUCAUCGGCGCGUACCUCAUCUACCGCCACGGCUUCACGGCCAACGAGAUCAUCGCCUUCAUGCGCUUCAUGCGCCCCGGCAUGGUGGUGGGCCCCCAGCAACAUUGGCUUCACAUCAACCAGGGCAUCUUCCGCGAGUGGUGGAUCGAGGAGCGCAUUGAGCGCAAACUCCGGAAGGAGAUGGCGGCUAACGCGGCCGCCCCGAGCACCCCCAUCCGCGCCAUGCAAAAGACGUCGCUCCGCAACGGCCAAGCUUCCACCCCUCCCCACCGUAGCACCUCGAACCGGACGCCUCUGAGCGAAGUCGAUCACGACCGCAAUAACAUUGGGGUUCAAGAAGACUACCUCCCGGCGCCGACGCCAGGCCAGCCGAGAAAGACAAACAGGGCAGACCGUCACCACCCCUACCAACGAUCCACCUCGUAUACAGCGACCGUUGAGGAGGAGACGGGGAUCCACCAAGACACCGAGGUCAUCACAAUCCACAAGCAAUCGCACAGCGCCGAGUCCGACGAGGAGCUACACAUGCGGAUGCGCUCGCACCGCAAGCCUUCUGCGUCGCCUGGCCGCAGCGAGAAGCGGUCAGUUAGCCACUCGGCUGCCACUGUGUACCAGACGUUCAUCGACAACGACGCCAGCAACGAUGUCGAAAACCUCGGCACGUCACGCGUCAAGCAGGUCGACCGUGUCAGCAGCGCAUCGGGUGUCCUCACCAAGGUUCGUGGCAGCAAGCGGUCGGGAGAGUCGCCGAGGGCCAAGGACGGAGUCCGCAAGACAAGUGGCCGUGUGGGCAGCGUGGGCAACUCGGCAACGUCCGCGACCGCAGCGUCAACAGCACGAAAGGUCUCUGGCGCCUAG